AUGAGUAAGGAAGAGUUCGAAAAGGUGUCGAUGGAGUUCUCCCGGCUCCAGAACCAGAUGAAUGAACUCAUUGGAGCCCGCAGUCAGUUGGAGACCCAGUUCCAGGAGAACAAGAUCGUCCUUGACGAGUUCGAAUUGUUAGAUGACUCGGCGAAGAUCUACAAGUUGACCGGCCCGGUGUUGUUGCCUCAGGAAUACAGUGAGGCCAAGAUGAAUGUGGAGAAGCGGAUUGACUUUAUCAAGGGGGAGAUUACUCGGGUGGAGGACAAAAUCAAGCUGUCGGAGCUGGACAUGGCCGCCGCCAGAGAGAAGUUGCUUGCCAUCAGAUCCCAAUUAAUGUGA